AUGGUUCUAGGGCGCCGCGCCUUAUGGCGCACCCGAGGCGACUCGUCCGGAAGCCUCGACCUCCCGGGAAAAAGGGAGUCGGCCGGCAAAACAGACGGCGCAGCGGUGGCCGACGACGAUCUGGUCAUGACGGAAGACUGGGACGGCGCGACGGCCGGCGCGGCGGGGAAAGCGGAAAGCGGGGGACACGGCCAGGCGGGGGAUGGUAAAGCCGGCGGAGACGGCGCCGGCGGCGGCGGCGGAGGCGACGGAGCGGGCGAGACAAUGGAGAUUAUGUUGGAAGACGGGCUGCAGUUAACGGUGGAGGUGGAUUCCGGGGAGAAGCUGCUGAACGAGCUGGGGUACAAGCAGGAGCUCAAACGCGCGCUCGGGUUCUUCGAGCUCUUCUCCAUCGGGCUCUCGACCAUCACUGUUUUCACCGGCAUUGUGCCGUACUAUGGUCAGGCGUAUAUCAACGGGGGCCCAGUGGCAGUGGUGUGGUACUGGUGGAUCACGGUCUUCUUCACCCACCUCAUCGCUCUCUCCAUGGCCGAAAUCUCCUCCUCCUACCCCGUGGCCGGCUCACUUUACUUCUGGUCGGCGGCACUGGCCGGCCCAAAGCACGGCCCCUUUGCAGCUUGGAUCACGGGCUGGUUGGAGUUUCUCGGCCUUUCUGUGGGGUUAGGCGGCGUCUCGUACGGCGGGGUGAUAAUGCUACAGUACACCGUGCUCGUUGCCACAGGAGGUGCCAACGGGGGAGGCUAUCUGCUGAACAACUACGAGUCAUUCGCCAUCACAGUGGGCGCCAUUCUCCUCUGCGGCAUCCUCAACUCCUUCUCCAUCAAGUUCAUUGGCCGCCUUGCUGUCGUCAGCGCCGUCUACCAGAUGGGUCUCGCCAUAGUCAUCAUGAUUCUGUUGCCUGCAGUGGCGCCAGUGCACCAGACCCCCUCCUUCGUCUUCACUCACUACCACGUGCAGCUGGACGUGUCUCUGCUGCCCACUAUGGCGUACGCCUUCAUAGCAGCCAUGCAGCUAUCCCAGUACUCCCUCUAUGCAUACGACACAGUGGCCCACAUGGCGGAGGAGACCAAGCGCUCCGACCGUGCCUCCCCAGCCAGCAUGGUGCUCUGCCUGUCUGUCGUCAGCCUGCUCGCGUGGGGGCUGCUCGUGACCUUCACCUUCUGCAUUCAGAACGAUGAGAAUCUCACCAGCACGGACAGCGUUACGGGUGGCCAGCAGAUCCUGGUCACCAUCAUCUGGGAGGCCUUUUUCGCUCGCUUUGGCAGUGGCACAGGGGCAGUGGUGGUGCUCUCUCUCAUCUACGUCGCUUUCCUCUUUGGCGUUUUCGCCGGCAUCCUCGCUGCCUCACGAGCGGCGUACGCCAUAUCGCGAGACAAGGGCCUGCCCUUUGCGUUCAUCUGGCGGCGAGUCAACCGAGACAAGACGCCCAUCUACUCCGUGUGGCUGUGCUGUGGCGUGGCCAUCCUCUUCUCCCUGCCUCUCCUCAAGGACUCCUUCCUCUUCUCCGCCAUCACCUCCCUCGCCACCGUCGCAUGGGUGGGCGGCUACGCUGUGCCCAUCUUCUUCCGCCUCAUCCAAAGGGAAGAGGACUUUGAACCAGGGCCGUUCUACCUCUCCAAAUACGUCGGCGUCUGGGGCAGGUGA